AGCAGCCGACAGCAGAGGAAGCCCGAGGGGGCGGCUGCGUGCUGACCACACGCCCGUAGCCCGGUGAGCGGCAGACGCUGGCGCUUCGCUGCCCAGCCCACCUGGCGUCCUCUCCACGCGCGUUUCCGGGAGCCGUCGCGAGUGAGUGCGCCUGCGCGCCGGCCUCUUCGCGCGCCUCGUUGGUUCUUGGUGCCGGUCGGCGUUCCGACUGAUUCUGUAGUGCCCCCGGGUCCAGCGAUUCGGCCCGCCGCCCGACAACGCACAGGUGGGCAAUAUGUCACGGCGGCGGCACAGCGACGAGAAUGACGGUGGCCAGCCUCACAAAAGGAGAAAGACUUCUGAUGCCAGUGAAACUGAAGACCACUUGGAAUCUUUAAUAUGCAAAGUAGGAGAAAAGAGUGCCUGCUCUUUGGAGAGCAAUCUAGAAGGUUUGGCUGGUGUUUUGGAAGCUGAUCUUCCUAACUACAAGAGCAAGAUCUUAAGGCUUCUUUGUACAGUCGCACGUCUGUUACCUGAGAAGUUGACAAUUUAUACAACGUUAGUUGGACUCUUGAAUGCCAGGAAUUACAACUUUGGUGGAGAAUUUGUGGAAGCCAUGAUUCGCCAACUUAAGGAAUCAUUGAAGGCAAACAAUUAUAAUGAAGCUGUAUAUUUGGUUCGUUUUUUAUCUGAUCUUGUGAAUUGUCAUGUGAUUGCUGCCCCAUCAAUGGUUGCAAUGUUUGAAAAUUUUGUAAGUGUAGCUCAGGAAGAAGAUGUACCUCAGGUGCGACGAGAUUGGUACGUGUAUGCAUUUUUGUCGUCUUUACCCUGGGUUGGAAAGGAGUUGUAUGAAAAGAAAGAUGCAGAGAUGGACCGCAUCUUUGCCAACACUGAAAGCUAUUUUAAAAGACGCCAAAAGACCCAUGUGCCCAUGUUACAAGUAUGGACUGCUGAUAAACCACAUCCACAAGAAGAGUAUUUAGAUUGCCUCUGGGCCCAGAUCCAGAAACUGAAAAAGGACCGCUGGCAGGAGCGGCACAUCCUCAGACCUUAUCUUGCCUUUGAUAGCAUCCUCUGUGAAGCACUGCAGCAUAAUCUGCCCCCUUUUACACCGCCACCCCACACGGAAGAUUCAGUGUACCCGAUGCCGAGGGUUAUCUUUAGAAUGUUUGAUUAUACAGAUGAUCCUGAGGGUCCUGUGAUGCCAGGGAGUCACUCAGUGGAAAGGUUUGUGAUAGAGGAAAACCUCCACUGCAUCAUUAAGUCACACUGGAAGGAAAGGAAGACCUGUGCCGCACAGCUAGUGAGCUACCCAGGGAAGAACAAGAUCCCCUUGAACUACCACAUAGUUGAGGUGAUCUUUGCAGAGCUGUUUCAGCUUCCAGCACCCCCUCACAUUGAUGUGAUGUAUACAACACUUCUCAUUGAAUUGUGCAAACUUCAGCCUGGCUCUCUACCCCAAGUUCUUGCACAGGCAACUGAAAUGUUAUACAUGCGUUUAGAUACAAUGAAUACUACGUGUGUAGAUAGGUUUAUUAAUUGGUUUUCUCAUCAUUUAAGUAACUUUCAGUUUCGCUGGAGCUGGGAAGAUUGGUCAGAUUGUCUGGCUCAAGAUCCUGAAAGUCCCAAACCAAAGUUUGUAAGAGAAGUUUUAGAAAAAUGUAUGAGGUUGUCUUACCAUCAGCGUAUAUUAGAUAUUGUUCCUCCUACCUUCUCAGCCCUCUGUCCUGCAAAUCCAACCUGCAUUUAUAAAUACGGAGAUGAAAGUAGCAAUUCACUUCCUGGACAUUCUGUGGCCCUCUGUUUAGCAGUUGCUUUUAAAAGUAAGGCAACCAAUGAUGAAAUCUUCAGCAUUUUGAAAGAUGUACCAAAUCCUAACCAGGAUGAUGACGAUGAUGAAGGAUUCAGUUUUAACCCUUUGAAAAUAGAGGUUUUCGUACAGACUCUGCUACAUUUGGCAGCCAAAUCAUUUAGCCACUCCUUCAGUGCUCUUGCAAAGUUUCAUGAGGUCUUCAAAACUCUAGCAGAAAGUGAUGAGGGAAAGUUACAUGUGCUAAGAGUUAUGUUUGAAGUCUGGAGAAACCAUCCACAGAUGAUUGCUGUACUAGUUGAUAAGAUGAUUCGUACACAGAUUGUUGACUGUGCUGCAGUAGCAAACUGGAUCUUCUCUUCAGAACUUUCGCGUGACUUUACUAGAUUAUUUGUUUGGGAAAUCUUGCACUCUACAAUUCGUAAGAUGAACAAACACGUUCUGAAGAUCCAGAAAGAACUGGAAGAAGCUAAAGAGAAACUGGCAAGGCAACACAAACGGCGAAGUGAUGAUGAUGACCGAAGCAGUGACAGGAAAGAUGGGGCCCUUGAGGAGCAAAUAGAAAGACUACAGGAAAAGGUGGAGUCUGCACAGAGUGAACAGAAGAACCUUUUUCUUGUCAUAUUUCAGCGUUUUAUCAUGAUCUUAACAGAGCACUUAGUAAGAUGUGAAACUGAUGGGACCAGUGUAUUAACACCAUGGUACAAGAACUGUAUAGAGAGGCUCCAGCAGAUCUUCCUACAGCAUCACCAGAUAAUCCAGCAGUACAUGGUGACCCUGGAGAACCUUCUCUUCACUGCCGAAUUGGACCCUCAUAUUUUAGCUGUAUUCCAGCAGUUCUGUGCUCUGCAGGCCUAAGGGUCAUUUUUACUUUCUUCAUGUCUGGAUUAUUUUUUAAAAUCCUAAAGUAACUUGUCUUAUUUUUUGAUGGUUUGAAUGCUUUCUUUCUUGUAAUAACCUUUACUUCUUAAAGGAGGACAGUGAAGAAUAUAACAUUACCUUUAAUUCUCCCUAAAAAGCAAAUAUUUCUUCAUGAUAAUGUGACAGUGACCAUGAUGUAUUAUAUAUGUGACAGAUACAACUUUUGUGAUUACUUUGGUAUCUUUUCUCUAUAAGGUGUAAAACAAUAGAUUUGAGGUAAUAAAACUAUGGGCCAAGCUUACACGUAGUAAAUAGGGCUGAUGAGCUUUACCAGAUAGCAUAGCUUUUCACAGCUCCUGGAUAACCUAACAUGACUGAAAUAAAACUAAAAACAUGUUUUUUUUUAAA